AUGUCUACUAGUGACUCAAACAUGAUGCAAGAUUUGGAUUCAGCUUCGCAUCAACAACCUCAUAUUUUUCCUGGAAACAUGAGACAAUUAUUCCAACAUGUCAUCGACGAUGUUUUCGCAAUAAGAGCAGCCAUUCAAAACCCAAACCCAGAUGGUAAUAACAAUACUACGUCGAGGCGGCUGCCAGCAUCAAAGGAGGCAAUUGAUGCGAUGCCAAGAAUAACAGUGGAAGAAGCUGGGAAUGAUUGUGCAAUUUGUUUAAAUGAGAUUGGAAUCGGUUCAGAACUUAGAGAGAUGCCUUGCAAACAUAGCUUCCAUUCGGGUUGUAUUGAACAUUGGUUAGGGAUUCAUGGGUCUUGUCCCGUUUGUCGGUUUUUGAUGCCUGUGGAUGGAGGAGAGGUCGCGGCUAGUGGAUCUGGAUCUUAG